AUGGAAAGGUGGAAACUAAUUUCACUUAUCCUGUGCAUUUUCGGCUUUCUGAAGGAAUUUCGCCCAAGCGAACCGUUUGUCUUUCAAUUUCUAACCGGACCGUGGCACAACGUUACCGUCGAACAGGUCGUGCAGGAUGUGUUUCCCAUCGGCACGUACUCGUACGUGGCCCAGCUGGUGGUGGUUUUCCUGAUAACGGACUACUUCCGCUACAAGCCGUUGAUUAUCGCUGGCGGCCUAGCUGGAACGACGGUUUGGUCUUUGUUUGUGUGGACCAGCUCGCUGAGGGCGCUGCAGCUGUUGGAGGUGUUCUACGGGACGUACAUGGCGGCUGACAUUGCCUACUGGACGUACAUCUACGCAAAGGUGGACCGGAAGCACUACCAGAAGGUCACCUCGCAUAUUCGCUCGGCGACGCAGGCUGGACGGUUUCUGGCGGCCACAGCAUCGCAGACUGUUAUCUACUAUGGCUUGAUGGAUUAUCUUGGGUUGCAUUAUCUCUCGUUGGCGGCUCAAAUCGCCACCACAGUUUGGGCCUUCCUGCUGCCUCCGGUACCGAAAAGUCUGUACUUCCACCGUCAAGAGCCGACCGCUGACGAUGAGUUAAGAGCGUUACCAAACAAUGAAAAACCUCCAAACAUCGGAUCUACAUGUAACCGUGCGAUUACUCUACUAUGGUCUCACUUCAAAGCGGCGUACAGUAGCUUUACGGUCAUUCGAUACAGUCUAUGGUACUCGUUGGCUGUCUGCUUUUAUUAUCAAAUAACCUCCUACGUGCAGGCUCUGUGGUCCACCAUCGGUGGUCCGGACACUGUUCUGUGGAACGGAGCCGUGGAAGCGAUUCUUACGUUGAUGGGUUCGCUAGUGGCGUUGCUCGCUGGAUUUGUACCACCGGCUUUGCUAACGGUAAAACCAACUCUUUUCGGAUUGGCAGCGAUAGCCGCUCUGGAAGGUGCUGGUCUGCUAGUUGCGACCGCAACCUCAAGUCUGAUGGUGUCCUACGCCGGUUACACCGUGUUCGGGAUACUGCAUUCGUUCGCAAUCACGUUGGUGAGUUCGGAAAUUGCAAAGCACAUCUGCGACGACAGUUUUGCGCUGAUCUUCGGCGUGAACACCUUGGUUGGACUGGUUUCGCAGACCCUGCUGACGAUUGCCGUCGUCGACAGCGACGGUUGGCUUGCGUUGGAUGUCCGUGGUCAAUUUACCGUGUAUGGGAUCGCGUUUCUGACGAUUGGUGUGCUGUUUGUGGGAUUUCUGCUUGGGGAGUUUUAUCGCGCCAGGCGGACCGAGCUCUCAUCGUGAGAGAGUAGUGUGAAAA